AAAUCCUCCAACACUAAUUUCUCGUAACUUACCUUUCUUCUGCCUCAAGCCAUCUAAUAUGCCAUGAUCCUUUGCAAGGACCAAAGUUGUGGUCGUCCGGACAUAACUGGGCAUUGGGUCCCGGUUGGAUUUCAAGGUGUUGAAUUAGUAAAUUAUCUAUGGUCAACCAAAGGGUACUAUAGUCAUUGUGUCAAGGGCAUUCUCGGUAUCCAAUCUCAUUUACGCACCUGCAGUAUUAUUUUCUUUCUCACAAGACAACGCGCUUAAGAAAGUUGAAAAUUUCCAUUACAUAAAACAGAAAAGACUUGUACUUGUUAACGGUCUCAACAUUGAACCCAAAUUAUACUUGGCGGGUAAUUCCAUCCUCCGUCGGUAACUGUUUUCACGUUCAAAUACUUCAAACUGACAUCAAUGGCGGCCGGUUUCUGCACUCAGGCAAAUGCUUUACUCAGAAAGAACUUAACUUUCCAGAAACGAAAUGUGGGGGCGAAUAUUCGGCUCGUUGCAUUUCCUGUUGUCCUUUGUCUAUUAAUUUUGGCCCUCCAAAUUGUUUUUGAUAAACUAGUCAACAAUAACAGUGACAACAAGUGUGGUUGUAUUUGCAUCAGAAGAAAUGGAGAUAAAUGUGUGGAGGAAAGAUGUGGGAUAGAGUACUCAAAUUCGGAUCAAGCAGUUUUUUGUCCCAUUCCUAAUCCUCCAGAAUGGCCUCCAUUGUUACAGAUACCAGCGCCUGAAUUUCGUGCUGUUAGAAAUGAUUUUAUGACAUUCACAGAUUUGCCAAAUGAAUCAUGCAGAAUUAAUGGUUCCUGUCCGGUGAUUUUCCUUCUAACUGGAAACAAUCAUUCUUUUGGAGAAAUAUUGGGUAAGAAUAUGUUGCCAAACACUUCUACAAUAAAUCCCUCCAAUCUUAUAGGUAGUUUGGCCAGCAAUGUCUUGGGGUCAGAAUCAACGCUGGAUACAAGUCAAUUUAUUGAUUCGGCUUUUAUUUCAGGCCUUCCAAUCUAUAAUGUUCAAAGUCAGUGUGCAUCAAAUUCUACAAUUCCUGCUUCAGUUCAGUUGUCAUCCAUUAAUACUACACUAGAGAUAAGAUGUGUGGAAGGUUCAAAUCUAUGGCGCACAAGCUCUUCAGAAAUAAAUGAUGAGAUAUAUAGAGGAUAUAUGAAAGGGAACUCAGAAGAAAAGAUUAAUGAGAUUGUUGCAGCCUAUGAUUUCUUAAACUCUGACCUGAAUAAGUUUAAUGUGAGCAUCUGGUACAAUUCAACCUAUAAGAAUGGCGGAGGUAAUUCUCCUAUUGAUUUGGUGCGGGUUCCACGCUCAGUUAAUCUGGUAUCAAAUGCAUACCUUCGUUCUCUGCUAGGGCCUAGUGCACAAAUGCUUUUUGAAUUUGUCAAAGAAAUGCCCAAAACUGAAACCCAGCUAAGGGUGGAUUUGUCAUCCAUUAUUGGCACACUGUUCUUUACAUGGGUUGUCCUACAGCUAUUCCCUGUGGUCUUGACAGCUUUGGUAUAUGAGAAACAGCAGAAACUGCGAAUUAUGAUGAAAAUGCAUGGACUGGGUGAUGGACCUUAUUGGAUGAUUUCAUAUGCUUAUUUUUUUGCAAUAUCUGCAGCAUACAUGAUAUGUUUUGUGAUAUUUGGCUCAGUCAUAGGGUUGAGAUUCUUCACACUGAAUUCAUACAGCAUCCAGUUUGUGUUUUAUUUUCUCUAUAUAAACCUGCAAAUUUCUGUGGCCUUUCUAUUAGCUGCACUGUUUUCAAAUGUGAAGACUGCUGCAGUGGUCGGAUACAUAUGCAUUUUUGGAACUGGCCUCUUAGGUUCCUUUCUCUUUCAGGUCUUUCUUCAAGAUCAAUCAUUUCCAAGAGGCUGGAUCAUUGUAAUGGAGUUGUAUCCUGGCUUCUCUCUAUAUCGUGGAUUAUAUGAAUUUGGACAAUAUUCCUUCAGGGGUCACUACAUGGGAAUUGAUGGUAUGAGGUGGGCAGAUUUUGCUGACAGUGGAAACGGGAUGAGAGAGAUCUUUAUUAUCAUGCUGAUUGAGUGGCUGUUGGUGCUUGCUAUCGCUUAUUAUAUUGAUAAAACUGUAUCAUCUGGAAGUGCAAAAGGACCUAUGUUUUUCUUGCAAAACUUGAAGAAGAAACCUCAUUCAUCUUCUCAGAGGCCCAGCUUGGAAAGGCAGGGAUCUAAAGUCUUUGUUGAAAUGGACAAACCUGAUGUAGUUCAGGAGAGAGAAAAGGUUGAGCAGUUGCUGCUUGAACCAAGCUCAAGUUAUGCAGUCAUCACUGAUAACCUUAGAAAGAUAUACCCUGGAAGGGAUGGCAAUCCUGAAAAAUUAGCUGUCAAAGGGUUAUCUCUUGCUUUGCCUUCGGGGGAGUGUUUUGGCAUGCUUGGUCCUAAUGGUGCUGGCAAAACCUCUUUUAUUGGUAUGAUGAUUGGGAUCACAAAGCCAACCUCUGGAGCAGCAUUUGUUCAGGGUUUUGACAUACGAACUGAAAUGGACACAAUAUAUACCAGCAUUGGUGUAUGCCCUCAGGAAGACCUGCUGUGGGAAAACCUAACAGGAAGAGAGCACCUACUAUUUUAUGGCAGACUUAAGAACCUUAAAGGUUCUGCCUUGAAACUGGCAGUAGAAGAAUCUCUCAAGAGCGUCAACCUGUUUCAUGGAGGGGUUGCUGACAAAAAAGCUGCAAAAUACAGUGGAGGUAUGAAGAGGAGGCUGAGUGUUGCCAUUUCACUGAUAGGGGAUCCCAAAGUUGUUUAUAUGGAUGAGCCUAGUACUGGAUUGGAUCCAGCUUCAAGGAAUAAUUUAUGGACUGUUGUGAAGUGUGCAAAGCAAGGCCGGGCAAUUAUUCUUACCACCCAUUCUAUGGAGGAAGCAGAGGCCCUAUGUGACCGUUUAGGAAUUUUUGUAGAUGGCAGCUUGCAGUGCAUAGGAAACCCAAAAGAGUUGAAGGCUAGAUAUGGAGGAUCAUACGUGUUCACAAUGACAACAUCUGCGGAUCAUGAGGCAGAAGUGGAGAGUAUGAUAAAGCAUCUCUCCCCAAGUGCUACUAAGAUAUACCACAUUUCUGGAACCCAAAAGUUUGAGCUUCCAAAACAUGAGGCUCGGAUUGCAGAUGUAUUCCAAGCUGUCGAGGAUGCAAAGCGGAGGUUCACUGUUUUCGCUUGGGGUUUGGCUGAUACCACUCUAGAGGAUGUCUUCAUCAAGGUUGCCCGCAGCGCCCAGGCAUUCAACGAUUUGUCAUGAUUUGCCUUAUGUAUUAGACUUCUCUUGUGCUUGCUUCGAUAUAUUGGGUUGAUAGCAAUAGCAUUACUCCAGUGGCUUUGUACAUUCUUGAAAUUGUAUUUUUAAUUUGAAAAUGAAAUAACAAAUAUGAUCAGUUGCCAUUA